UUUUAGGUGUUGUUGCAUGCAUGAUUAAUGAUUGCACGCCCUCUGGGGCGAUAUGCAUAUUCCAAAACAUCAAAACAAUUGUUAUCUAAAUUCCAAAAUCCCAAAUGUGAGAAUUUAGUGACUCUAAAACUACCCUAACAAAGUUCUACAAUGAUAUCAAAUAGUGAGAGCACUAAACCUUAUUAGCAUAUAUAAAUUUAUUUAUUAACAAGGGCAACAAUUUAAAACACUUUAAUUUUGCCAUAGUUUGGCUUUGCAUUCAAAUUUCUUUUGGUAAUUAUUUUGUAAAUAUACAGUAAAAUUGGGGCCAAGUUGACUACUUGGGGCCGAGUUGACAUGGGGCCGAGUUGACUUGGUUCCCUAUUACCCGCUAUGAUACUGCUGAUCUGCUGUGAAUGGGCCCCCUCGUAUGACUACUCAAAGGCAUGGGGUCCCAUGACUGAAAUGAAAACACUCUAGCAUAACAACGAGUCAUGGGGCACGAGGGUGCAAACAAAUCAUUGGAAACCCUUGAACGUAAGUUGUGUUACAAGAGUAGAGUUCCAGGGUAUUUCAUAGAAGGGGCCCUGUAGCCUUUUGAACUAGGGAUUGUAUCUUUUUCCUGGCUCUGCAUAAUAGUGAUGGGUAAUAGUAGAAAUUCCUUGAUGUCCUUCUGCAGCUCCCUUUUGCCUGCGCCUCGGUCUACGCCACUUGAAAAUACAAAAAUAAGGAAAAGGAAUACAGAAAAGACAAAAAUAUUUCUUCUACUUAAUAAAACAUUAUUAGUAAUGUAAUUUUCACAGGAAUGGUUCAAGAUGGCUACCAGUGAAUUGAGUCAAUUUCUGGAAGAAUUUGAUGAGAAUGUCCUACAAUGCACCAUUUGCUUUACGAGACUUCAAAAUCCUAAAACCCUCAAAUGCCUCCAUAGUUUCUGUUUGGCAUGUCUUGAAGAUUGGGUUAAGGUGAAGGGUAAAUUGACUUGCCCAACUUGCUUGGAAUCAUAUACCGUUCCAAAGGGCGGACUUCAGAAGCUUCCACCAAAUACAUUCCUGAAUAACGCACUAGAAACUAUUGGACAAACUGUCAAAAAAGAUCAGACGAAAUGCGUUUGUGGAAAAAGACAAGGAAAAUAUUACUGUCAGGAGUGUAGACAUUACUUGUGCUCCACUUGUAGUGACCAUCACAAAACAUUGCAUGUAUCAGCAAAUCACAAGCUACAUACAGUGGAGGAUGUGCGAUCAAUGGCUCCUCAAGACUUUGCUUUGUUACACUCACCACUGUGUUUACUUCACAACAAACCUUUGGAGUUCUACUGCACAGAUUGUAAUACUCCAAUAUGUGUAAACUGUACACUGCUGGAUCACAAGGUGUAUGAAGGCCACAAACCAAUCAGUAUUUCUGAAGCAUUUAAGACAUUCAAAGGAACUUCAGUAGAGUUACUGAAAGUUGCACACCGCUGCAAAAACAAUUUAGAAGAUGGCCUCAAAGCAGUUAUUCAAAAUGCUACAAAAUUAGGACAAAAUAAAAAUAAAAGUUUGAGAGAUAUUGACAAUCAUGUGCAAAAAAUGGUAAAGAAAAUGUUUAAAAAUGGAGACAAAAUGAAAAAAAAAGUGAAGAAAAUCUAUGAAAACAAAAAGAAGGUAAAUGAUGCACAAAUAGAUGAAUUAAAAACAACAAUAUCUGAUAUAAAUUCAAGACUGAGUUUUCUUAAUCACUUAUUGAAGAGUAACGAAACCACAGCAAUGCAGUCAAGUGAAACAGUAAUUACAGCACUGAAGGACAGAAUAGAUGAGUUGCCAAAAACAGAGCCAAAUGAUAAUGGACAAAUUUAUUUCCACAAAAAUCAAACCUCUUCAUUGCAACAGUGUGAUAUUGGGACUGUUACAGAAUUCAGGGUAGUAAGCUUUCAAGAAUUAAAAACAGAUCAUGAGACUCGAGGUCAACAAACCAAACAUGAUAAGUUCAAAACACAAGCAAAAAUUGAGAAGACAAGAUGGCCACACCCUAUUAAAGGAUUAAUAAAUACCAUUAGAAUAAACAAAAAUGUACGAGAUGUAGUUAAGUAUGAUGAUUGUUUGUUUGUUUCAUGUAGGACAAAUAAAAUACUGAAAUACAAGCAAUCGGGAGAAUAUGUUGGUGAGGUUAUGCUACCACCAAACACACAUGUUAACAGAAUGCAUAAACUGAAAAAUGGUAACAUAGCAUUCAGUGAUUGUUUUGAUAAAUGCAUUAAAGUAUGUACCAUAAAUGGUCACAUAAUAAAAUCAAUUGAUCAAGGAGUAUUGACGUUUCCAGAAGUAAUACAGGUAGAAGAGGCAUCAAAAGUUGUGUAUGUAGCUGACUAUAGUAAUGACUCGGUGUUCCUCUUUGAUACUGAUAAUGGGCAGUUGAUCUGGGAGAUACACUCGCUAGGCAUCAAAAAAUGUCAUCUUGGAAUCAGUGAUUUUCAUGUUACAAAAAGAGGGCAUCUUCUUGUACUAGAGUAUAAUAACAGCCAACUAGAACUAUUUGAUCAUGAGGGAAGGUCCAUGAAAGUCCUUGUCAACACGGGUGAAAAAAAUGGUAAGGUGAAGAAUCCAUGUGGAUUUGUAGUUGAUAAGGAUGACAACAUCAUCAUAGCAAGUGAAAACAAACUACAAUUAUUCAGUAGUGAUGGAAAUUUCAUAAAAAGAAUGGACAAAUAUGCUGAUGGAAUCAAUAAUCCAAAGGGGUUAUCCAUCAUUUCAUAUUAUCCACAGAGAGUUGUAGUUGCAAAUGGUGAUAAAACUCUAAAAAUAUUUAAUUAUUAAAAUACAGUAUAUUACAUGUUGUGAUGUGGUUAAGUGCAACCAAGGAGGUUGGUGCAACAUAUUUAAAUAAUUUUGCACCACUAUGUACUGUAGCACUUUAUAAUAAUAUCUACUGCUAAAACGAUGAUAUCUCUUGAGUUCUGCUGAUAAACAUGUCUAGAAACUGAAGAGCCAGUGUUUUCAUCUCGGAGA